GCGUUCAGCGUGCGCUAUGGAGCCGCGAGUCGCAGAGCUGAAGCAGAAGAUUGAGGACACCUUGUGUCCUUUUGGCUUCGAGGUUUACCCCUUCCAGGUGGCAUGGUACAAUGAACUCCUGCCUCCCACCUUCCACUUGCCCUUCCCAGGACCUACCCUGGCCUUCUUGGUACUCAGCACACCUGCUAUGUUUGACAAAGCCCUCAAACCCUUCCUGAAGAGCUGCCACCUCCAAACACUGAGAGACCCUGUGGAUCAGUGUGUGUCCUACCACCUGAGGAGUGUUACAGAGAAGUUCCCAGACCUGCACAUGGAAGUCAUUGCUGACUACGAGGUACACCCCAACCGGCGCCCUAAGAUUCUAGCUCAGACAGCAGCCCAUGUGGCAGGUGCUGCUUACUACUACCAACGGCAAGAUGUGGAUGCGGACCCAUGGGGGACCCAGCGCAUAGCAGGUGUGUGCAUACAUCCCCGAUUUGGGGGCUGGUUUGCUAUCCGAGGGGUAAUGUUGCUACCAGGGAUUGAAGUGCCAAAUUUGCCACCCAGCAAGCCCCCUGACUGUGUGCCUACAAGAGCUGGCCGCAUCACUCUGCUUGAAGGCUUCAAUUUCCACUGGCGUGACUGGACUUACCGGGAUGCUGUGACUCCUGAAGAACGUUACUCAGAAGAACAGAAGCUCUAUUUUUCUACCCCUCCUGCCCAGCGCUUGGCCCUAUUAGGUUUAGCCCAGCCCUUGGAACACCCAAGCACUGCAUUAGAGCAUCCUGUGCUUCCCAAGCCUCAGAAUUCCAACAGAGCACGAAGCUGGCUUAGCCCGAAGGUCUCACCACCUGUGUCCCCAGGCCCUUGAUACUCUCCCCCUGUAAGAUCCCACUAAUGGUGAAUGUUUUAUUUGGGGUACGAUUUGAGUUUUGAAAAAGCACUUUUGUUGUUUGAGACGGGGUUUCUCUGUGUAGCCCUAGCUGUCCUGGAACUCUGUAGACCAGACUGGCCUCAGAGAUCUACCUGCCUCCCUGGAGUGCUGGGAGCUUUGCACCACCACCACCUGGUGAAAACUGACUUUUUAUUUUGGGUAUUAUUUCCCAGUAAUAGUCCUUCAAAGAGAGGCAAGACUCAAUUUACACUGGUCAAGACAAAUCACACAUCAAGGCAGACACAAUUCAAAUAUUGGACUCACACCUGUUAUUAUUUUUGUGCAGUACUCGAAGAUACUAUUUAGAUCCACGGUUCUCAACAUGCCUAAUGUUGCAACCCAUUAACACAGUUCCUCAUGUUGUGGUGAUUCCCAACCAUUAAAUUAUUUUUGUUUCUACUUUUAAUUUUGCUAGUUAUGAAACACUAAAUAGCCGAGUUUUUCAGUGGUCUUAGACAAUCCUGUAAAAGGGCCAUUCAAGACUCUCCCUGGGGUCUCGACACAAGGGUUGAGAUUUAAAGGAACCUUGGAUUUAAAGGAACCUACGGGUAACCACACAAAACUAUGCCAACUUUGUAUUUAAGUAAACUACUUUGAAACUGCCUGGCCUAUA